UGGUGAUUUUCCUGGUGCGCUGUUGUAACAACGAGAGUGGAGUUGUCUCGAGCAUGGUUGAGAGGUUAUAUACUAUGUAGCUUCAUUAGUUAGCCACAUGUAUGCUAGAGUAUUGUUGUUUAAUAUCACUUGAAGUAAGACUCUUGCUAAUAAACCAAUGGGUCAUAACUGACAACACGAUUUUUGAAUAGCCGUCAUUAGCAUUUGUUUUGGUCUCUUCAAAAACUGGACAAUCCUCACUGGUGUGUGGAUAUUAGUCGCGUGCACAAGUCAUUACACCGCUGCUGGAUAAAAGCUGGUAGCCUAUUUGUUAAAGGUCCGAAUGGAUAAAAGUACACGGAAAGUUCGGAAUCAGGACAGCAACCCAUGCAUCGAAGAAAGUGAUGGCUCUCAGAAGUGUUUGGGUGCCAACAACUAUGACUCAAGCAUGUGCUCAUCUUAUUUCCAGAGAUAUAAGAACUGUAGGAAAUACUGGCACAGCAUAAUGCUACAGAGGAGAAGAGACGGUGUGAAACCCGACAUGCCGACAGCUGCAGAGAGGCAGGAAAUGCUCGCUGCUAUCGGAGGCAAACCAUACUGAGAGUCAGCAGGGGAACACGGAGACACUGGGGGACAUUUACUACAUGCCGACUCACUGGUGAUACAACUACAAUGCUUUGGCUGGUUACACUGUGACUCAAGGCCUGACCUGUCGUCAGACUCAGGUUGUGUGGAUGUGACCAUCUGUAAGUGGUCUAUAAUAAAAUGAAAAGAAAAGGAUAUUAUUGUUUCUUGAGGUUUAUGAACAUUGACUGACACUACAUGAAAUGAGUUAAGAGCUUUUUGUUUGAAGGAAAAAGUCCUGUUGUAAAGGUUACUAGUACAUGCAAUUGCAACCCAAAAGCACGACAAAGAGGCAGAGAUACGGGGAUAGUAUAGUUUACUCUGUAUUCAGGCACUCAGUCACUCAGGCAAACAAAUCCAAAAAGGGGCAGGCAAGAAAAUCCAAAGUCAAAACGUAGUUGUAGGCAGGGUCGGAGCAGCCAGGUCAGAUACAGAAACUAGAAUAACGCUGGAGAUCUUGGCAAUAACACACAGGACUAUCUGGCAGGGAUCACUUCUAUCACUGCAAGCAGAGUGGUAUAGUGAGGGACUAAUGCGAGAAUGGCCUGCAGUUGAGACGGUCAUGGAAAACCAGGUGAGGGGAAUGCAUGAAUUCAUGGUGUAAGUGGCAGGACCUGAAAUAUCAGGAGAGUUAAUGAAAACAGGCAAGCCAUAUCAAAAACAAUCUAAAGAGUAGUGUAAUUUGUGACACCUGUACAACUGCAAUCCUGUUUGUGUCGAUUUCGUCAUGAAUAGUUAAGGUCCUAAACAAGUGGAGACCCAAGAGGUCAACUGUAUAUUCACAACUGUACUCUGAGAGGAGGAGUUCUUCAUCUAUGACAUCUAAAGAAACCUGUGUGAUGGACAUCUACCAUCUGUCUAGCCUUAAUAAAAUAGAAGUAUUGUAUUUACAUGAUCGUUUCACUGAUUUGAUUAGUUUUAUCUCAUUCUGUUUCUGUCCUUAUUUGUUGUUAUUUUUUUGUUGGUAAUUCUCGUUCAUGAAUACUGUCCUGUAUCAUUCUAAGAUGUCAGGGCUCAGAGAAAGUGCUUUCCGUCUUAUUAUGAGAAAGCUUGUGUUUCGACCUUCUUCAUUGUGACAGGCCAGUUGAACAGAUUUAAACAACGAACCAGUUUCGUCAAAAUGUAUUAUUAGAUAUUGUUUUGCGUAUAUCAUUACUUAUAAAUUAUAUAUUUUGAUGUGAAUGAUAUCCAAAGCCAGAGUGAACAAUAAUCAGAUUCUUCAUAUUUUUCCAUUUCUCCAUGAUUUUUCCAUGAUUCCAUUUGCUGUUUGUUUGGAAGUAUCACUUAGUGUAUAAACAUCUGAUCGUUAAUAUUAUUUUAUUUAAUGGCAUAGAUAAGUCCCAGACUGUGGACUCUAUCUCACAAUUGGCCUUGAAGAUUUGGGCUGAUGGCAGUAGAUGGCGUUUGGGGCCAUUUUCAACCAUAAAAUGCAGAUUUUUAUAGAUAUGGGAGGAAAUAUUAACAUAACACCAGCAUUAAUGUGUUUCAUCAGAGUACAGUCAUCUUAUUUAAUUAACAGCUUAAAAAAAACAUGUUUCAGUGUACAGUUACUCUUUAAAUGAAGUUUUAUAAACUGACUUCGGGAACAUAUUUUAUUUCUUCCGCACAAAGUAUUUAAGCAUGAACCCAUCAACUUCCUCUUUGUCUCAUUUUCAACAUCCCUCCACCCAAACCCCUUUUCUUUUUAUAUUUCUUUCUACCUCUCUCUCUCUCUCCCUCUACAUUUCUCUCGCUCUUGAUUAAAGGAACCACGGGGGACUCUGCAUAACCAGAGCUUCAGAAGAGACAGCCCCCACUCAAGAGUCUCCACUCCCCCGGUACACGCCAGCCAUCGGACGUCAGCGGUCAAUCAUCGCCCUCCUCCAUUCAUCAUUCCAGGACCCUCUUUACCACCCGUUCUCUUUUACCCUCAUCCCUUCAUCCCACGACCCUCUCUCUUCAUCCCACGACCGUCAUCCCUUCAUCCCCUACCCUCAUCCCUUCAUCCCCUACCCUACAUCCCUUCAUCCAAACACACCAUCCCUUACCCUACAUCCCACAACCCUCAUCCCUUCAUCCCACGACCCUCAUCCCUUCCUACCUCAACCAGCUUUCGCUUCCGAAGUCAUUACCUCUCACUAUA